AUGAUUGUGCAGUGGGGAAGCGCCUGGGCAACAAGGAUGGAUGCGGUAGCGGACAUGGAUGAGCUGCUCAACGAACUCGAAGCAUCCGAAAAUUCCACUCAACCACCACCAGCAGCAAGCGACAGCGACGUACGCCACCUUGUCAGCGAUGAUCAUGCCCUGUGUAAUAUCAUUUCCGGCGAAAACGAAAACACAGAUUCACCCGCAGAUUCCCGUCCCGAAGCAACAACCAUCAUUGAGGUAGCGGAUGCCAGAAGCCCAGAAAGCCACGAAAGCACUGGAUCGCUGUUGCACACAACGGAUAACCGCUUCGGGGAAGAUUUGGUACAGAACAAGGUUGGCUUAUCCGCUGAGGCUGACAGCAAUUCGAAAGAAAUUAUUGGGGAAAUGCAGAAUCAGGAUGACGUGGAUGACCCACAGGGUUCCGAAAGUACAGCUGAAGAUGUUACCGCCGAAGAGGAUCGGAAUGAGGUUGCUUUUUUUCUCAGAACUCAGAGUUUUUCUUUAAAGGAUCGGUCGGAUUGCUUGUUAUUUGUGCCGAAAAGGAAGUAUUUAUAA